AUGAAUAAGAUGCUCAAAAAAUUUCGUCAAAAAAUUCCACCGGGAACCGCUCCAAAUGGCGACGACCAGGCAGAGCCUCCUAUAUAAAGACUUAUUUGACUCUUUUAUGCAACUUCGAUUACCAAACUGACCUUUUACUCGAAUCUGAAAUAAUACAUAAUAUCUAGAAAAUCAACAUAUAACUAAUACUACAUUCUAAAUUUUUGGAGGCCUUCACAACAGUGGGCCCCCGGUGCCAAGCACCUAUUGCACCUCCUAAAAGAUGGUCAUGCAUUUUCAAUACAUCUUCAUCUGCUUUCAUGUGACUUGAAUCUCAAUAUGGUAUCAGUUUAGCCUAGCUUCCAUAAUUAAGAUCUUUCCAUUAUUAGGAUUUUCCCAUCAUUGAGAAAAAAUUGUAACUUUUAUCAAAUGGUUACAACCUUUUUUUUCUUUUAAGAUAUUUUCUUCAUGAAAGGAUACCCCUCUGCCCCAUUUUAUUUAGUCAAAUUUGAUUAAUUAUAUAUUUUUACACUGUAAUAUUGAUAAUAUGAAAAAUGAUAUGGAAAUAUUUUUAUUAUAGGUAUAAUUGUAAAGUAUGAAUUUAUUAAUUUUCACAUAAAUAUAUUAGUUAAAAUAAUGAAUCAAAGUUUAUAAUCGAAAAAGUCAAAAGAUGAUACGAAGGUAGUAAUUAAUACUCCCUUUGUCUCUAUAUAAAAGGCACACUCCUUUUUGGGUUGUCCUUAUAUAAAAGGCUCAUUUCCCUUUUUGGCAAAUAAAACAGUGCAAAACAGUGUCCAAACAAUGUGAAACAGUGUUUCUCCUAAAGAUGUGUGCAAAAGUAAAUGAACCUUUUAUAUAGGGAGGGAGGGAGUAGUUAUUAAAGGACAUAUUAAAGUAUGUUUACAAUUAGGUGUAUUACACAUUGAUGAAAACCUUAAUAAAAACUUUUGGUCUACUAAAAGCUAAGAGUCCCAAUUAAUAAAAACUUUCUUCUUAUCAAAAACGCCCUUAAAAAUUCGACUAGCUUAGCUAAUUAGCUGGAGUGGUGGAGCUAGGCGGCAUGCAUAAGGUUGGCGGGGGAGAGGCCAGGUUGACAUGAAGAGCUGGCACGUCAUCCCCAACUAAAAGUGGCAGGUGGCGCCUCCCAGCCAACGUGUCACCUUCAUGGGAUGCCACCGCCUUCUCCUCUUCUCUAUCUUAUUCUGAUCGAUCAUAUUUAAAAACCUCCCCGCCGCGGCCAUCUACUCGAUCAUUUACUACGUACAUACCCUUUGAUCUAAUUAAGCACGCCGUUGAAAUCCAUCAGACCAACCAUGGCAGCCAUGUCAAUCAUGACCACCAGCAGGAACGCCAUUUUCAACUUCUCCAAAUCCCUUUCUCGAACCCCUUCUUCUCUCUACCCCAGACCCAAAGUCUCCAGAGUUUGCUUCUCCUCUGCCUCCACUCCCGAGGGCUUGCACGCGUCGGGGGAUUACGGAAGGAGAGACAACGACAAGGGCUACGCCGGCAACAGGACCGUCGGAGAUGCGGCGGAAGACAUUGCCAACCGGACGAAGGAGAACACGAGAGAAGCGGCGGACAGAACCAAGGAGAAAACCCAAGAAAUGGCGGGGAAGGCCAAGGGGAAAGCAGAGGACUUGAAGGAGAGAACAGAGGACGGGGCAGGGGAGGCCAAGGAGAGGGCCAAAGAAGGGGCGGGAAGGAUGGCGGACAAGGCCAAAGAGUACGCCCACGAGACGAAGGAGACCACCAAGGAGGCGGCGGGGGCCACGGCGGAGAUGACCAAGGAAGGGGCUAACAAGGCGGCGGGUACGGCCAAGGGCGUCGGUCAGAAGGCCAAGGAGACGGUGGAGGGUGCUCUGGGGGCGGUCAAGGAGACUGGUCAGAAAAUAAAGGAAACGGUGGUGGGGAAAGCGGAGGAGGACCGCGACGAUGGAGAGAAGAGGAUUGACGAGCUGAAGAGACGCGCCGCCGGUGAUAGGAAAGUGUGAAGGCCGGCCGGCGGCGGAGGCGUGGAUUGUACUUGUUUUUAAUUAAUUAGAGCCGGCCGGAAGCAAAUAUGUAUAAUAAUAAAUGGGAAACGUAUAUACCUGUAUUGCUUCUUUAUUUAUAUACUUCGUAUAUGUGUGUUUAAUUCUCCUCCACCAUCAGUGAAUCACCAUCAUAACGUAUUUUCUUUUGUUACUUG